AUGGCUACCCGCUGGCUACCUCUUACUGCCCUGGCGGUGGGCGUUUCCGCAGUUUCUGUUCGCCGCGAACAGACGGACUCGACUCCCGGCGUCAUUUCGCUCCCUGUUUACCAGGACAUUCGAAUUCACCCUUUGGAGAAGUUGAGGAGACGAGAAGUUGAGGACACCGAUGCUCCGGUAUAUAAUGUGACGUCGACAACAUACCUGAUUGAGCUCAGCAUCGGCACUCCCGGUCAAGACACCAAGGUUGCCAUUGAUACCGGGUCCUCGGAGCUUUGGGUCAACCCCACCUGCGCUAACGCGGGCACCACCGCCAUGGUUCAGUCUUGCAGAGCCAAUGGCCAGUACGAUCCCCGAGACUCGUCAACGUCGGUCGUUUAUGUCGACCAAGGCAACAUCACGUACGGCAAGGGAACGGUCGAACUGCAAUAUGUCAGCGAUAACAUCACCAUUCCCGGCAGUGACAUCUCACUUUCAGACACAAUCUUUGGCUACGGCAUCUACAGUGCUGAUCUGAGUAGGGGCAUUCUUGGUUUGAGCUUUGGCGAGGCUACCAACACCACUGACUACCCAACGGUGCUCGACACGAUGAAGGCACAGAAUGUUAUCGAGUCGCUCACGGUGGGAAUUGCUCUCGGAACUAAGGAGGAGAAGACGGGCAGCGGCCUCAUUUCAUUUGGUGGUGUGGACACCAAGAAGUUCAGUGGCAACCUGCACUCUGCGCCCGUUCUCGGGCCCCAGAACGGCGAGGACCUGCGUAGAUACUGGGUUCAACUCGACUCGGUUGGUCUGAGCAAAUCCGGCAGGAGUACCAAGACAUAUGCCAACACCCAGUUUCCGGUAUUCUUCGACACUGGCGCCACCUUGAGCUACUUCCCCCCUGCCCUCGUCGACCAGCUUGGAAGUGAUUUGGGAGGCCGCCUCGAGUCCUCCAUUAACAUGUAUCUCGUGCCGUGCAACACCAAAGGCACAAUCAACUUCAAGUUUGGCGACUACACAAUGAAGGUGCCCCUGUCUGAGUUCAUCUGGCAAGUGGGUGACAACAGUUGCGUACUCGGCGCCGACAAGGCUUCCGACAAUGCUUACAUCCUUGGCGAUUCGUUCCUCCGUUCCGCAUAUGUCGUUUUCGACCAGGAGACACCCGCUCUGCACUUUGCUCCCUACGUCAACUGCGGCUCCAACCUGCAAAAGAUCCCCCUCGGCAGCAAUGCGGCUGCCAAGUUCACCGGCGAGUGCCAGGCCAGCUCCAACGACGGCAGCGGCAGCGGCAGCGGAGGGAGUGAUAAUGAGAAUGUUGCCGGUCGAGCGACACCUGUUGGCAUUUGGAUGGUAGCUGGUGCUCUGCUAGCUGUGCAAGUGUUCAUGUCUUUUCUUUAA